CCCUUUUGUAAGCGUUUGGGGAGGAUCGUUAGAGACAGCCGGCCCUCCCAAUCUUCCAUCCAUCGCCCCAGGAUGGUGCGAUGUAAUCCGUUUAAAUAGUCGACGGACUUAAGAGACAAGAGGAUCCAUAUUGGGCGUUCCUGUCAACAUUACAAAUGAGCGACCGAUGCAGUCAUUAAGAGAUCGAAAUGAAAAGGGCCAUCGAGCCGAAGAACAAAGCGACGACGUGUAAAUCACCCCGUGCGUGGGUUCCAGUGCGCUGGCGCAAGCGCCAACUGUUGGAAGCAUUCAAGACAAACAAGCAUACUGAAAGUACACACCCCAGAUGAGGGCGGCCGACGUGUAUUACCCGGGCCAUUCGUAUCCUCUGGCCGGUUAUUUGGUGAGCUCCUGUCUAAAGGGAAAGAGCCGUAUCGAAUUUGAUGAGAUCUAGCCGCGCGAAUUGGCUACAGGGUUCACACUAAGGACAGCAGGAAAAAAAAAUUACAAGAACUCGGUGUUUAGCCUUCAUCUUUUCGGUUCUCUACCUCCGUUAGCCGUUCACCAUAAUCCAAUCAGGGCCUACUAUCAGGACUUCUAGACAUCCAUGGGAAGGGGGGGAUAAACAACAAUCCCCAGAUCCAGCAAAGAAUGCCUAUUGAUUUCGGGAAGUGAAUCGAAAACUACUGGAUCGCUGACGACACAUUCAAUUGCAAGAAAUCGAAGAAAAUCUAAAAAUAAUUUUGCGGCGUGUUGUGACGUGAACCAUGGCUAACGUUGCACAACUGAUUCGCCGCCAGAGCAGUCGUGAACUUCUCCGAGUACCCCUCGAUCGCUUGGAGCUUCGCGAUUUACAACAUCGACUUCUACCGGCUCCUGGAGACCAAGCCACUGGAGGCCAGGCACUGUACGGAACGACUAACGCAGCCUUUGUUGAAGAUGGCACGUCCUCAUCAUCAUCCGUCAUCCAACAACAGCAUUUAAGCUCAGGAUCGAGUGGAACGUCUGGUGUCCCGUCAUCGGCAGCCGCUCGGAAUCGUUUGACUAGUUUGGAUCGGAUCGAUGAAAAGGAAGAGCACAACAAUGGAGCAUCGUGUAUUAUUACUACUAUGGAUAAAGUGGAUGCCACUGUUGGCCAGAACCCGUCCGGAGCCGAUCCUUCGUCUGGCGAUGAACGUGAAAAUUGGGACAGCAAGCUUUCUUUCCUUCUGGCUACCAUCGGCUACGCUGUCGGUCUCGGAAAUGUGUGGAGGUUCCCUUAUUUGGCCCAGAAAAAUGGCGGAGGUGCUUUCCUUAUUCCAUACGCGAUCAUGUUGGCCGUGGAAGGAAUGCCAAUUGUAUUCCUGGAACUUGCUAUCGGUCAGCGUCUCCGCAAAGGGGCUAUCGGUGUGUGGGCUCAGAUUUCUCCAUAUCUGGGCGGGAUCGGCAUCGCUUCCACAGUUGUCUCGUUCAACGUAGCACUUUACUACAACACUAUCAUCGCAUGGUGUCUGUACUACCUCUUCCAGAGUUUCCAGUAUCCGUUGCCGUGGUCGGAAUGCCCCAAAGAGUACUUUGAAAAUGGAUCAUACGUCACAAACAUGGAGUGUAAGCGGAGCAGCCCGACGCAGUAUUUCUGGUACAGAGAAACGCUGGAUAUUUCACCCGAUAUCAACACGCCGCAGAGUUUCAACUGGAAAAUCACUCUGUGCCUGCUUCUCGCCUGGCUUUUAGCUUACCUGUGCAUGGCCAAAGGAAUCGCAUCUUCCGGAAAGGUCGUCUACAUAACAGCUACAUUUCCAUACAUCGUUUUAAUCAUCUUUUUCGUUCGAGGAAUGACGCUGCAUGGCAUGGCUGACGGAUUGGCUCAUCUCUUUACACCAAAGUGGGAAAAACUGGCGGAUCCGGUCGUUUGGCUUGAAGCUGGAACACAAAUCUUCUUUUCGCUCGGCUUGGCUUUCGGCGGCUUAAUCGCCUUUUCGUCGUAUAACCCAGUCAGUAAUCAUUGCUACCGCGACGCCAUCCUCGUCUCGCUCACCAAUUUCUUUACGUCAAUGUUUGCAGCAGUUGUCAUAUUCUCCGUCAUCGGGUUUAAAGCGCGGAUGACGUACGAGAACUGCCUAGAGACUCAAAAUCAAACAUUGGGGCGUCUCUUUGAUACGACCAUCAUUGGAGCCAACAACUUGGCUAGUGACACCGUGGGUGCCGACGGACGUCAAUUAAGUCUAGUCCUAGAAGAGCUGCCCGUGUGCGACUUGCAGCAAGAACUCGACAAUACGGCCUCCGGCACUGGACUGGCUUUUAUCAUCUGCACUGAGGCCGUCAAUCAGUUCCCUCUGGCUCCCCUAUGGUCCGUCCUCUUCUUCCUGAUGCUGCUCACGCUCGGUAUCGAUUCACAGUUUGGCACGCUCGAGGGCGUCAUCACAUCCGUCGUCGACUUGAAGAUCUUCCCACGCGUCCGCAAGGAAAUACUCACGGCUUCGUUGUGCGGAUUCUGCUGCAUCUUGUCGAUCAUUUUCACGCACGGAGCCGGCAAUUAUAUCUUCACGCUGUUCGACGAUUUCAGCGGCAAUGUCCCUUUGCUCAUUAUUGCGUUUUUCGAGUGCAUCGCCGUCUCUUAUUUCUACGGCCUCGAUAGAUUUGCAAACGAUAUCGAACUGAUGACAGGUUCACGUCCUGGUAUCUACUGGAUGAUGUGCUGGAAAUAUCUUUCCCCCCUAACGAUGUUGAUCAUCGUCAUCGCCAGUUUUGCUAAAAUCAUCGUCGAAGGCAGUGGCUAUCUGGCGUGGGUGGCUGAAACAGGAACCACCCGCCAUCUGGAAUGGCCUCCUUGGGCGCAAGUCCUCAUUGCCAUCCUGGUCUUAGUCUCUGCCCUUUGGAUUCCUGGUAUUGCAGUCGCCAGAAUGUUUGGUUGUCAACCGCUAGCCGAUGAGCCACCCGCCUGGUUUCCGGCUAAAGAACUCCGUGAAUUCCGCAAACUCGACGUCCGACAUGAACCGUCGACCAUGGAGAAAUUUCUGUUUUGCAUCCACGAGGAUGGCAGUGAAGGAUUGUGUUGUCCGACCUCUUUAUCAUCGCAGUCGAAAGCUAAUAGUCCGUGAAAAAUCACAUCCCGUAGUGUAUAGGCCAUUACAUCACCAAGGUAGGAUUUCUUAUUCCAUAUAAAUUUCGUCGAGCGAAUCGUGAAACUUAUCCUGAAUACGGUGUGUUAUCGUGCUCUCUUAGAUAGUUCUGUUCAAUCAGAUCCGGUCAGUUCCAUCCUCUCAUUUUUACUCCUGAAUUUUGUCUGUUUUUCUUUUCUGUUGUACAUCGUAGUCCUCCGCUUAAGGCUUUCAGAUGAGAUUCAAUAGCUGUCUUUAAAUUUUUUAAUUUUUCCUUCCCCCCCAAAAAAAAUCGAUGCAUCGUUGUUUUCAUGAACGGGAUCCCGUCUUCAGUUAUAUUGUUGCGUGGUGCAAACGUCAGUGAAGCGUUAAGUCAUUUAUAGCUGACAGCAACAUCUGGAUUUUCAGACUGUACACAGAAGCAAUUUCGGGCCGUUCUCUUCUAAAGGGCAAAUAAUGAACAAAGGCUAGAUUAAUGUACUGUAAAAGGAUUAGUUUUCCUCUUUCUCCCAACGUUUUACAGACCGAUGCAACCAUAAUUGCUGUGUUUCGUCUUCACAUCGAUAUCCCCCUCUAUGUUCUCUUUAUUUAUUUUUUUUAUUUUUUUUUUUAUUCAUUCUACCUGACUCUGCUCGCCGGCUGUCCAGUCAGUCACUUUGUUCAAUCACAUAUUGAUCGACCGGACGCUUACCUCGAGCCUAGCAACGUUAGGUUAUGUGAAUCAACAGACGCGAGUGACAAGAGUCGAUGCGAAAAUCGUGCCCAUCAUGUUGGGAUUGUUUUCUUUUCUUUAGCACUAAAAAGAAAUGAAAAGAAUAAGCUGUUGCCGUUGCUGUGAUGUGUGUUCUAUUCAUAAUCCGCUUGUUCCGCCCUCCUUCGCCAUACGAGAAGGAAUGGUUGUUGACACUCUUGUGUUUGUUGCAUCACUUGUUAGAAGUUCUGAAUCUCAAUUUCAUUAAGUUGUUGUCGGCGAAUUAUUAUUUUCUUCGUUUCUAAUGCAUUUGUUUGCGUCGGUUAGUUUCUCGAUCCAAUUUCUAAGUCUCCCGUUUACCGCAUUGCCACUGAUUUACACGCGGAAUCGAUAGCAGCACGAAAACAAUAUCAUCCGUGUUUUUUUAAGACUUGUUUGCGGUUUUCGUCCACCUCUGGAACAAUCGAAACGAAAAAUAAAACACAAAUGAUUGUAGAAUGAAUCCGUAUAGUUUUGAACUCGGCAAUUUCUUAAGAUAUUGGCGAAAAACGCAUUGCUGUUAAACCGCCAUUUGCGCUUUCCCUAUUAACGACAACCUAACAUUUUGAUCCAUUCCACUAAGCCUAUAAUGUUCCUAAGACCCAUCCUAUAUUACAUGGUUCUACUGGAAUCGCGAUUGCCAGGAGAGAAACAACCUUUGUGGGAUAUUCAGAUCGAUAUUGUAAGUUACUCUAGUGUAAAUGCACGUUUUUCCGCGCUAGCUAAAAUUAGUACAUAGCUCGCUUUGAAGUAGAGUUGUUUAGUUGGAAAGCCAAUCGAAUUAUUUCGGAUUUCUGAUUAUAUUAAUACCGCCUCUCUUUAGUUUAUAUUAUUCCUUUACGCCCUUAUGGCUCACGCGAAUCUCUUUUUUGUUGUGCUUGAUCGCAUCAACAAAGCAUCCGUCCAAUAACGUUGCAUAUUUCCAUUCGAAAUAAAGGGCCUCCGUGUCACUUUCGUUAUCGAUGCACUUUAAUUUGGUUUCAAACAAGGGCUGAUAAUCUUAACCGCUUAUUUGAGCGGCACUUGUUUAUAGUCUUUUUCGCGGAUGUUGACAUGCUUUUCACCAACUUCAUUCCUUGAAGGGAAAUCGUUUUCAUGUUCUCUUUUUUUUUUUUAUUGAAGCUUCUAUUUCGACGCGCAUCUGUGUUUUUCCAGGAAGCGUGUCAAUUAGAAAGAGGCGCGCUGAGACAGGUCUUUCUUCUGUGACGUUGCUCCUGCCCACAAGAGAAUAUCGCUUUUGCGCUGAAAGUGAGAACGAAAGAGAGUGGUCGACUAGUGCAAUAUAGAUAGUGCUUAUUGCAGUGUCAACACCAAGAUGCGUGACAACACAGGAGACAAUAUAGCCAAACUUCCAUCCAUUUUCGGUAUUUGCACGCUACAAUGGUAGUAAACGAGAAAGUGGG